UUGUGGGUAUGGGGGUGCUGCGGCUGGUUUUGUGGUUAGCGACAGCGACUGCACCAGCAACAACUGAAUCAUCAUCAGAUGUAAAGCCUGGUUGCAAAGAUUACUGUGGAAAUAUUAUCGUUCCUUACCCCUUUGGAAUAUACGAGGAGAAAUGUGCCUGGGACAAAGACUUUCUGCUGAAUUGCACUGCCACUGGAUUACUCCUUGGUGCCAACAUUCCUGUUGUCAGUGUAUCAGUGAAGGAGGCCACACUGGUUGUCACAAUUCAUCCGGCUUAUGACUGCUACAACGAGUCCGGGUUGGCUUAUUACUUCGACCAGGCGAUCGAACUGGUUGAAAACAGCUCAUUCACAUUCUCUGACUCCCGCAACAAGUUCACAGCUUUGGGUUGCGAUACCAUGGCCUAUGUGAUGGGUCCUAAGGCGCAGCUGUAUGCGAGUGGGUGUAGUACUUUUUGUGAUAAACCCGUCAACUUUGCACAAUCUAAUUCUUGCUCCGGUUUAGGUUGCUGCCAAACCUCUAUCCCGGCGGGUCUUCACACAUUAAACAUUACUCUUCGCAGCUCUGGGAACCACAGCAGGAUUUUGUGGUUCAGUAAGUGUAGCUACGCAUUUUUGGUUGAUUCUGACUCUUUUCAUCUUUCAAAGAUGAACCUAUCUGAUGACCCCCAAAUCUUUGUGGAUCCCCCUGUGGUGCUUGACUGGGUAAUCAAAGGCAACUGCUCCAGACAUGACUGCGGCCAGAAUUCUAUAUGCAAAGACUCUUAACACAACUCGCUCUGGAUAUCUUUGCUCCUGCGAACAAGGCUAUGCAGGGAACCCUUAUCUGCCCAACGGAUGCCAGGAUAUCAAUGAAUGCGAAGAUCCAAAAACUUACACAUGCCAAGGUACUUGCAAGAAUACAGCUGGGAACUACACUUGCAGCUGUCCACUGGGAAUGCAUGGGAAUGGUAAAGUGGCUUGUCAAGGAUUUCGUGUCACCACAUUUGCCGCAGUUAUUGGAGCGUUUGUUGUUGCUGUGGUUGCUUGUAUUUUAAUCUUCAUUGAAUGGAAGAAGCUGGCAAGACAUAAAAAUUUUAAGAAAAAUGGGGGUUUGCUCUUAAAGCGCCAGAGGAUAAAGCUCUUUACUGAGGCAGAGUUGAAGAAAGCAACCAACAAUUACGACCGCAGUCGGCUGCUUGGUCGAGGAGGUUCUGGACAUGUUUACAAAGGAAUUUUAGCGGAUGACGUCCAAGUUGCUGUGAAAAAGCCGGUAGAAGUGGACAAGAUUCAAAUAAACGAGCAGUUCCAACAUGAAAUUGACGUUGUUUCACAGGUCAACCAUGUCAAUGUGGUGAAGCUCUUGGGGCUAUGUUUAGAGACUCCAGUCACAAUGCUGGUUUAUGAAUUUGUGUCUAAUGGAACACUGUUUCAACAUAUCCAUGACCCGAAUUCAGAAAUCGUUCGCUCAUGGAAACUCCGGCUGAGGAUUGCUAUCGAGACUGCGGGAGCACUCAAGUAUCUUCAUUCUUUAGCUGAUCCCCCUGUCAUUCAUAGGGAUGUCAAAUCCAUGAACAUACUUCUAGACAACAAACAUACUGCUAAGGUAGCAGAUUUUGGAACUUCAGUGCUGAUUCCGCUGGAUCAAACUGCCAUAAACACAAAAAUAGCAGGGACAUUGGGGUACUUGGAUCCUGAGUAUAUGCAAACCGGAAACUUAACUGCCAAGAGUGAUGUCUAUAGCUUUGGCGUUGUCGUGAUGGAGCUUUUAACGGGAUGGAAUCCAACUCCUGGUGGAAGGUCUGUGGAUGACCCAAAUAGGAAUAUCAUUCACGACUUUCUCUGCGCCGUGGAAACCAAUCGUCUCUCUGACAUUUUGAACGUUAGCAUUAACGGUGAAGCUGAAAGGAAGCAGAUAGAAGGAGUUGCUGAGCUUGCAAAGAGAUGUCUAAGUGGGAGUGGCGUGGCAAGGCCAACAAUGCAACAAGUGGAAGACGAGCUCAAGGGCUUGCAACGAGAAGCUGAGAAUUUGUUGGCCGGUGAAAGUGAAACAGGGGAAGAGACCCAGAGCUUACUAAGUGAAAUAGAGGGCCGAUCCUCCGAAAAGGAUGAAUCCCAUUCCCAUACCCAUUACGUGACAGCCUUUGAUAUUCAACCACAAGAGGUUUCUGGCGUCAUUAUCUUUCCCUAGCCUGAAAUAAGGGAACCCUACUCUCACUCUCUGCAUCAUGAUCCAUGCAUCAUGCAUGCUAUGGUACCACCUUCUGUAUUCCUGUCAUGGUUUAUCCUGUGUGAGCUUCUUCUAGCUUAAUUGCUAGUCAUGAUUGUGGCAUAAGUUGUAUUAAACCUUUUGUGGUGUGUUCUUAUUAUAUGUUUAUGUUGUA